AUGGAGGAUCUUCUCCUCCCAAAGGCCAUCCCCCCUCCCACAAACCAUCCUCCCAUCACGGUCCCCAACUCCGCUAACACCUCCGUCUCACCCUCCACCCUCACCGUCUCUAUCCGUUUUGUUGCUUUCCUCAGCCUCGCCGCCGUCUCCUUGUGGGCAAACUACGAAGCCACCAAAGGCUUCGAGAUCACCAUUCUCAGCGCCGACACGCACACCGUCGCCGGCCGGCGUUUCAACCUCAUGUUCGUCUCCAACGGCCGAGCCGCCCAGCUCGUCCUCAACUCCAGCGACUUCAUCGAGCGACUGCUCUACCCCAGCGAGCUGUACCCCAAGAAGCCCGUCCGCCACGUCACCCUUCAGCUGGCCGACGAAGACCUCGCCGAGGUCGUCGCGGUCAGCCCCGGCCGUGGCUCCCGUGACUUUGUGAUUCAUGUCAGCCCUAGUGUCAUGGCGGAGGCCGACGUAAGGAUGUCGGCGGCCUCGGCGGUGCAACGGGCCGUGGCACAAGUGUGGCUCUGGGACGGGCAGGGCAGGGCCCCUCGAUCGCUCCUGAAUGCCAUGGGGGAGUACCUGACCAUGGCAGCCCGUCUAGUGCACCACUCGAAGCACAAUAAUUUCUCCAUCACACUCAAUAAUUCGCGUUGGGAUGACAGAAACUACUUCGACGAUGCUUGUUUCUUACAGUACUGUGAGGAACGGAGGCGGGGAUUCGUUGCACGCUUGAACCGGGCCAUGAUGGAGGACUGGAACGAGCACAUGGUGGACAGUGCACUAGGCUUGCGAUCUCGAGAGUUGUGCUCGGCCUAUCUCUUGUUGGCACGUCAGCAAGGAGCCCCAUCUGGUUCAGCGACAUCUUUUCCCUUGAUUUAA